AUGAUGAUAAAAAUGUCGGUUGAAGUUGAUUAUUAUGAGAUACUUGGGGUAGAAAAGACUGCCACUAACAUCGAAAUCAAGAAGGCCUAUAGAAAAGCGGCUCUCAAAUACCAUCCCGAUAAGAAUCCCGAUGAGAAGGCAGCAGAAAAAUUCAAAGAAAUCACUGCAGCUUAUGAAGUGCUAUCAGAUGAAGUGAAACGUAAUGACUAUGACGCUGGCGGAGUCAACGGGGGUAUGCCCGAUUUUGGCUUUGGCGGCGAAAACGAUUAUAGUGCUCAGGAUUUCUUUGAUUUCUUUAACGAAAUGAAUAUGGGCGGUGGUGGUGCUGGUGGUGCAGGUCACACCAAUGGAUCUCGUAAUGCUCAUGGACGUCGUCAUGGCAGUCAUUAUCAACAGGGAAAGACAGAAGAUGCACACUUAAAUGUCAAUGUAACACUACAGGAUUUGUUCAAAGGAAAGGUAGUCAAGAUAAACUCCACGAGAGACAUUCUUUGUCGAAUCUGCCAUGGUACAGGAUCAAAACCUAAUGCAGUGCCAAAGAAUUGUGCAGUUUGUAAAGGUGAAGGUUUUACUAGAAAGUUGAGAAGAGUUGGCCCAGGUAUGGUCACCACCGAUUACACAGAAUGUAAGAACUGUGGAGCUACUGGUAAAGUAUUUAGAUCAAAGGAUAAGUGCAAGAAGUGUGAUGGUUCAGGAUUGACCGAAGAGAAAAAGAUUUUAGAAUUCAAUAUUCCAAAAGGCUCAAAAUCUGGAGACUCGGUGACGCUAGAAGGGGAAUCAGACGAGGCUCCUAAUAAAAAGGCGGGAGAUGUCAUUCUCACAUUUGUUCAAACUGAUCAUCCAAUAUUUGAAAGAAAAGACAAUGAUUUAUACGCCAACUUGAAUGUCUCCUUAAUAGAGUCUCUUUGUGGGCUUUCUAGAAUUGUCAUGAAACAUCUUGAUGGUACAGGAAUUAAGCUCAGUAUACCUAAAGGAAAAGUUCUUAGACCAAAUGACUAUGUCAAAGUGUGGGGCCAAGGUAUGCCGAUUUUAAACUCUGACCUUAGAGGUGAUUUGUAUUUAAAAGUUGUUGUUGAAUUUCCAAGAGAUGGCUGGUGCGUGGAUUCGACGGAUAUUGAUAGAUUGAAAGCUUCUCUACCAGAGUCUCAAUUUCAGAAGCCUAAAUCCUUUGACGUCCCAUUUAACGACAUCAAUGAUGCUGAUUAUCAAAUUAUUAGUGAAACCAUAUUACCAAAAAAUGCAGAGACAGAGAGUGAAGAGGGGUUUGGUUAUACCAAUGGCGGUGGCUUUAAAGGACGCCAAAACGACUUCACUGAAGAAGGCAACUGCACAACUCAAUAG